UCUUUGUGUUUGAAAACUAUUUUGUGCUGCAUUUUUAAAAUUAUUUAAAUAAUAUUAAACAACAAACGUAACAACUAAUUUAUUCAAAUAGAACCGAACUAUGUAAGAAAAAUAAUAAAAAGAAAAAACUAGUCCAAGUUGAACUAUCACUAGGUACGGAAGUUUAAAAAAAAAAAAAAAAAAAACAAUAUUGAAAUGGUUUCGUUAAGUAAACUACUUGAUCAAGGUCUAAGAGAUGCCAAGUGCUAUGAGGUUUUUCAUCCUGGAAGAACUUGUGUCGAGUUUCAAUUUGGACAUAGUGUGUAUCUUAUUACCAAAUGUAUAAAGUAUUUUCUUCCAAUUGUUACUGUUCCACUUAUAAUCAAAGGAAGGAACCUACGGAAAAAGCAUUUUCGUAAUGCACUAAAUUAUUACAUUGAGCUACUAGUGACGGGAUUUCUAAUUUCACAGUCGGUUCCUAUUGCACAAUGUGGAGUGAGGGCAUUAAGUGGAAAAUUCACGAAAGGUAGUUUUAUGUUCAUUCCAAUGAUACUUCCUACUUGGGUUGUGUGUUUUACAUCUGCAAGAGUUGCUCGGCUUUUUGCUGCAUCGAUGUUUCAAGUGACAUUCGAAGCAGCUUUACGAAACGGUAAAAACAUUAUCCCCAGGACACUUUGCAAGUCGAAAUUGAUACAAGGCUUAGUAUUCAUGACAUGCAGUUCAUUUAUACUGCACGCAGCUCAAACUUGUGGAAUAAAAGCUUUGUGGAUUGUUAAAAAUAUUCCAAGACCAACAAACAGUGAAAGUGAUAAAUGUUCACACGAUGGUUCAUGUUCCAGGUUUUGUUUAAAAGAUCUAGCAAGAAAUAUUUUAAUUGGAAUUGCAAUUGAUUUAUUUAAGACGAUUGUUUUAAGUUUCACAAAAAGUAAAAGCUUUUUAAACAAUCUUGGAAAGAAAAUCAUCAAACUAAAUUUUCCAACGACAUUUUUCCUAGCUUCCUAUAGUUGCAUAUAUACAAUAACAUCAUGUUUGCUUAAUCGUCUUAAUAGUACACAAAAAUUUAAUGCACAAUCAAAACAUAUAACAGCAGCAUUCUUAGGAGGAAUUUCAUACUUCAUCAUGCCCAAGCUCACAAUAUUAUGCUAUGCUAUUACAAUUUGUAUCGAAAUAAGUUGGAAGAUUUUUCAUCGACAUAGUUUUCAAAAAAAUCUCAAAUAUAUAGAACUAUUGAAAAAGAUCCCUUUUCAUCGAAUUUACACAUGUCUUUCGGCAGGUUAUCUUGUUCAUACGUACAUAUUUAGACCAGAAAGUUUAAGCCCUAUGGGUUUGGCAAUAGUUAAAGCAUUUACUGGGGAUCGGGCUCCAGAAAUGAAAGCAGAUAUUUAUAAGUUUUUUAAAAGCAUUCAAUAAAGAAAAAAAUAUAUAAAAUAAAUCUCUUCAAUACAUUUUUAAUAGGUUCU